AUGCGAGAUGAGAUCCACCGAUAUUACCGCCGCCCUUGCGGCCCUCGCCCCGUCGCCGCGGCCUCCCGCCAAGGCAUCAACGUCCACUGGGGCCAGAACGAGAAUGCCAGGAGGCUCGCCACCAUUUGCGAGAACAGCGCCCGGCCCGAGUUCAUCACCCUCUCCGGAGCCUGCGUUGAUCCCUACGCCGACCCUACCAUCGACUGUGACGAGGUUCUCAGCGAUGUUGCCAGCUGCCAAGCCAGGGGUGUAAAGGUUCUCGUGCAGGCCUCUUCCGACUACGAGGGUCAGGCCUCCAGACUCGCCAAGGCUUUCCCUUCCGUUGACGGUUUUGCUCUGUCCGUUAACAGCAAGCGUGGUAACCAAGAGACCAUGGCCGAGAUGGCGGCCGAGCUCCGCACCCUUGCCGAGGCCAACAACAAGGACAUCUUCCUUGCUGCCUCUCCCGAGUGCGCUACCUCGCCCGAGUAUGUGGCGGGUGCCAACCCCCUUGAGGUUGGUGCCUUCGACGCAGUUUUCCUCGAGUUCAACGAGCGCGCUUCCUGCCCCGCGGUCGAGGGAGUUCCUGCUCUUGACCUCGUCAACUACCAGAUGUGGGAGGACUACGUCAUGAUUGGUCAGAUCAUCGAGGGCAAGAAGGCUUCCGUCUUCGGCGGUAUCUCCAUGUGGGAAACCGACUCGGCUGAUUACGAUGCGAGCCGCUACAACUCUGCUGUCCGCCACGAGCUCAGGAGGCGUAGCCCUCCUGGUCCCGUUGAAGUCCAGAGGCCCGCUUACAUCCAGCGUCGAGACGUGCCUGUCCAAUACGUGCCGGUCGUUCCUCACCACAUCCUUGUCCGUGACCUCGGUGAUGCGUGCACUCCUGACACUCCCACUGCCACUCCCACGGACACUGCCACCGUCACGCCCACGGACACUCCUCAGCCACUGAUGGCACUCCCUCCGCUACGGGAACCCCAUCGGCCACUGAUGGAACUCCUUCCGCCACCGACGGUACCCCCUCUGCCACCGGAACUCCUUCUGCUACUGACGGCACUCCUCGGCCACCGAUGCGCCACUGACAGCCCCAUCGGCACCGAUAGCCCUACUGGCACCGAUGGCACUCCCACUGGUACUGACAGCAACCCCACUGGCACCGACAGCCCUACUGGCACCGAUGGCACUCCCACCGGUACCGAUAGCAACCCCACUGGCACCGACAGCCCCACCGGCACCGAUAGCCCUACCGGCACCGAUGGCACUCCCACUGGUACUGACAGCAACCCCACUGGCACCGACAGCCCCACCGGCACCGAUGGCACUCCCACCGGUACUGACAGCAACCCCACUGGCACCGACAGCCCUACUGGCACCGAUGGCACUCCCACCGGUACUGACAGCAACCCUACUGGCACUGCCACGGAUGAUGAUGACUGCACUGUUGAGCCCACUGCUGAGCCCACCGAUGAGCCCACUGCUGAGCCUACCGAUGAUGAUGACUGCACUGUUGAGCCUACCGAUGAGCCCACUGCUGAGCCCACUGAUGAGCCCACUGCUGAGCCUACCGAUGAUGCUACUGCCACACCUACGGAUGACGACUGCACCGUUGAGCCUACCGAUGACAGCACCGCUGAGCCCACUGAUGAUAGCACCGCCACUCCUACCGAUGACGACUGCACUGUUGAGCCCACCGAUGAGCCCACUGCUGAGCCCACGGAUGAUAGCACUGCUGAGCCUACCGAUGAGCCCACUGCCACCCCUACGGAUGAUGACUGCACCGAUGAGCCCACUGCUGAGCCCACGGAUGACAGCACCGCUGAGCCUACCGCUGAGCCCACGGAUGACAGCACUGCUGAGCCUACUGAUGACAGCACCGCUGAACCUACUGCGGAGCCCACGGAUGACAGCACUGAAACCUCCGGCCCAACUGGCGGUGAGACCUCAAGCCCCUCUCCCACCGUCACCACUCCUCCUAGGUCGACCACCAGCACUGUCUACCAGACCAAGACGUACACCAUUACCUCUUGCCCUCCCGGCAAGGGCCCGUGCCACGAGGGUGAAGUGACCACCGUCACCAUUCCCUGGUAUACCACUGUCUGCCCUGAGGGUGAGGAGCCCACUGGUCCUCCUGCCCAGCCCACCGGCAACCCUGAACAGCCCGGCAACCCCGAGGAGCCUGAACAGCCUGGCAACCCCCAGCCUCCUAAGCCCGAGACCACUCUUUCCUUCUCCCGCACCAACGGUGGAUCCGGCUGCGUCGGCGCCGACUGCCCUGCCGGCCCUACCGGACCCGGCUGUGUUGGUGCUGGCUGCCCUGCUGGCCCUACCGGCACUGGCCCUAGCGGCGCCGGCCCUACCGGCACCGGCUGCGUUGGCGCGGGAUGCCCUGCCGCUCCUUCCAGCACUUCGGAUAGCAGCCCCAACCCUCCCGUCAUCGCGGGUGCUGCUAGCAUGGGCUUCAGCCUCCUUGCUGUCGCCGCCGCUGCGGUUUUGGCUCUUUAA